AUGGAAGAGGUGGAACUAGUGCAGAACGGCUCGAAACUAAUGGCUUCGUCCGCCAAAGUUGGUCAAAUUCUGCAAGAACAAGAAAGUGCAGGUCGGUUGAUUGCGGCAAUUUGCGCUGCGCCAAUCGCUUUAAAGAGUCAUGGCAUUGCGAAGAAUAACAAAGUGACCAGCCAUCCAUGUGUUAAGAAGGAAAUGGAGGAUGGAGGCUACCACUACUCAGAGGAAAGAGUAGUUCACGAUGGUUCGGUAGUGACCAGCCGCGGUCCAGGCACUGCUCAUGAAUUUGGUGUGAAAUUGGUCGAAAUUCUGAAAGGGAAGGAUAAAGCAGAGGAGGUCAAGAAGCCGAUGAUUCUUAAUUUUUAG